AUGCUGGAUGACGUCGUAUAUUUUCCUGCACCCACGGCUACCGUGGAAUGGGAUGCAAUGCAAUUGGGUUUCUACGACAAAAGCGGAAAGCCCUCCUACAAUUGUCUAGCUACCAUUGAUCAUCGCAACAAGUUUCGAUAUAUUGGGGUCUUCAGUGGCAGUAACUCCGAUCGAUCCAUGUGGAAUCAAUCCAAGAUCCUUGGUGCUCGUGCCCGUCAUUUGUGUCCGCUGGGAAUCAACUGGCUGGGUGGUGCUGGGCACUUGACACGAAAGCAACGGUGCUACAACUAUCAUUUAUCAUCAGCUCGUAUAUUAGUUGAAUAUGUGUUUGGCAAGAUCAAAGCUCGCUUUAAAGUUUUACAUGUGGCUACUGAUCGUCGCUCCCACUCAGCCAAUGCUCGCAUGAUUUGUGCGGCCGUUGUGUUGCAUAACUUGCUGAUUGAUAUUGGUGACAAGGAGGAAUUUGAAGUGGUGAGAAACGAUCAAGAACGUAAGCAUGCGAGAGAGGUGAUAAAUGCAUACAACCAUCACUGGGAUAGAACGCAAGAUGAGAUUGAAUUAGCGUAA